AUGUUAUCCACGGAAGACAGGACCAUACUUAGCGAAGUCGUGGAUAUUCUCGAGCCCUUCAAGAAGCUAAUAAAAUGGUCCGAAGGCAGGGAUCUGGAUUUUGCAGAGGUCCUUUCUUCAACCUACUACCUGAUUGAUCAGCUUAAGGUGCAACCCACCCGUACAGAUUUCAGCGCCACCACUAGCUCCGCCGCCGAUGACUUUACGCAGCAGACCUCAAAGAAACGCAGGAAUCCCGCGGUGGUUAGAGGGCUGCGAGGUAAACCUACCGCGGCAGCGCCUCAAUACGAUACAACUACCAAUUACUCUCGCGCGAUGAUUCUUCACCCUGGGCUCCGGACCCGGUGGAUUGAUCGGAAUCUCCCAACGGAACGGGCCGCCCGUAUUAUCUCGCAGUUCCGUCAGUUCUUCGAGACGUACUACGCCCAGCCGCCUGCCGCCAGACCCACCAAGCCGAGCCAGCCUCCAGCAUCAACCAGACACACUUUCUUAACACCUCACGGCUUCUACGACGACCCUACCGAGUCGGACACUAUCGGCGAGAUCAGCGUAUACUCUGGCUCGAAUGGCGAGCUCCAAUCUCCCGAAACAGCCAUGUUAUCGAUUGCGGAACCAGCAUCGUCUGUUCAGCAACCAGCGACCUCGCUGUGA